AUGCUAGACACAUUUUUUUUUCCUGCACUUGAAGAAUACGACACAGAUGAAAACACACUUUUUCAACAAGAUAGUGCGUCAAGAGAUACUGGUUAUUUGAAAGCCAAGGUGUUUGAAAACAACCCACCAAGGAAUAUUGUUGACUUGAAGGAGCGAAUUCGCCUUGAAAUCAACAACAUAACCUUGGAAACACUUCACAACGUCAUGGGAAGCUUUGCUGUCAGACUCUCACAAUGUGUGGCUAACCAAGGAAGGUAUUUGCCUGAUACAAUCUUUAAAAAAUGA